CACCAAUCACAGUAAUUCAGUGCUCAAGCAAACGCGUCCUGUGUAGCUCGGUCAAAUAGGGGCAACAACUUCUCUCGCCGACGGCCGCCAAUCACAAGGAAGAAACCGCUGGCGUGGGCAUACCGUGUUGCAGUCUAAUAGGCGUUUAGAUUUUUUACGCGAAAAAUGCUUGCCUCUAGUAAUUGAUUUAAAUCUUCUAAUAAAAGUGUGAGAGAUGUAAACAUUAAUUUAAAUUAAAAGUGGGCGCUCGUGGCUUUCACAAACACACCAUAUAAAAAGUUGUCAAAUAUUUUUAGCAAUUAUAAUUAAUAUUAUGUUAUCCAUUGCAUAUGACAUUUGGCACACUUCACAUAGGAUGUUUGCAGCGCGUCGCCGGUAGGGGCGUGAGAGGGGGAGGCAUGUCGGCGCUGGUGUUCACGCUCAGCCUGCAGCAGCAGCUGCUGCCCGGCUGCGUGGCCGUGGGCUGCUUCGAUGGGACCCACUGCUGCCUCGUGGCGGGCUGCGCCUCGGACAAGGUGGUGGUGCACAGCCCGCACUUGAAGGCCGGCUCCGCCCCCAAGCCCCAGCGCGAGGUCUCCCUGCUGAACAUGGCCCAGCCCAUCAGGUCGCUGGCCACCGGGGCGCUGGGGCCGGACGGCGACCGCGACGCCCUCGUGGUCGGCAUGGCGACCAGCGUGCUCGCCUACGACGUGCACAACAACGCUGACCUCUUCUACAAGGAGGUUGCGGACGGGGCGAACGCGGUGGCGGUGGGGCGGCUGGGGGCCAGCCCGGUCCCUCUGGCCCUCGUGGGGGGCAACUGCUCCCUGCAGGGCUUCGACCACAAGGGCGACGACGUCUUCUGGAGCGUAACCGGCGACAACGUGUGCUCCCUGGCGCUGCUCGACUUCGACCAGGACGGCCAGAACGAGCUGGUGGUCGGCUCGGAGGACUUCGACAUCCGCGUGUUCAAGAACGACCACAUCGUGAGCGAGCUGACCGAGACGGACGCUGUCACGUCGCUGGCCUCGUUCAGGAACGCGGUGUUCGGCUACGGGCUGGCCAACGGGACGGUGGGCGUCUACGAGCAGCUGCAGCGUCUGUGGCGGGUCAAGUCGAAGAACACGGCGGCAGCCGUGCUGGCGUUUGACGUGGACGGGGACGGCGUGGAGGAGCUGGUGACGGGCUGGUCCAACGGCAAGGUGGACGCUCGCAGCAGCCGCACGGGCGAGGUGGUCUUCAAGGACAACGUGGGCGACGCCGUGGCGGGCCUGGCCCGCGGCGACUACCGCACCCUGGGCUGCCUCGACCUGCUCUGCUGCUCCGUGCAGGGCGAAGUGCGCGGGUACAGCGCGCAGGGCCAAGCUGCGCGGGCGGCCCCUCGGGCCCCGGACCAGGACGCCGUGCGCGAGCUGUUGUCGCGCAAGCAGCAGCUGCUCCUGGAGCUGCGGAACUACUCGGGGCCAGACCACUCUGCCGACAGGGAGGUCGGCUCCAUACCCGCCAAAACACGUUUGCAAACAGGAAUAUCGGUCGGCAAAGGAACUGACACUAUGCCGCCGGGUGUAAAGAUCACAAUGGCAACGAACAACGAGACCAUCAUCCGCACUGUGAUGGUGUUUGCGGAAGGAAUCUUCAAAGGUGAAACGUACGUGGUACAUCCCAGGGACUCGGAAGUGGACUCGAAAGUGGACGUUGUUCUGUACCCACCAAAGAACGUUGCGAUCGACAUCCACAUAAAGGCGAUGGUGGGGACGCGCGGCAGCCCCCACUUCCACGUGUUCGAGCUGACGCGCCAGCUGCCUGCCUUCAGCAUGUUCGUGCUCAGCGACGCCGCCGCCGCGCCGCCGCCCGCCGGCUUCGCGUCCUGCCACGUCAACGAGCGCCUGCAGCGCAUCGCGCUGUGGAUCAACCAGCACUUCCUGCUGCCCAAGGAGGUGGAGGUGGAGGGUCCCGAGCUGAGGGCAGACUUCGCGUGCGUGCGCACGGGCACGCCCGUCGCCGUGGCGAUGGGCAGCGACGGCCACCUGGUGGUGAGGACGGACGACGCGGGGCUGGCCGGCGAGAUGCUACAGUCGCUGGCCUCCUUCCUCAACCUGGACCACCUGCAGGUGGCGGGGGAGUUCCGUGCCGAGGAGGCUCGGCUGGAGCAGCUGCUGGAGCGCGCCUCGGCCCUGAAGGACGCUCGCCUGCGCCUCGGCGCGGACACGGCCGGCCACGCCGGCCUCGUGCGCAGCCUCGUGGUGCGCGCGGAGGACGCCCGCAUCGUCUGCGACUACGACCGGAUGGGGCAGUGGUACGCGCGGCUGCAGGAGCUGAACGGGGACCUGGUGCGUGACUACCACAUCCGGCUGCAGAACUACCAGGAGCUGGUGGCGGCCGUCCGGGACGUCAACGCCAUCGUCCAGAGGGCGGCCAACCUGCGAGUUGGCAAGCACAAGACGGCGGUGGUGAGCCUGUGCCGGCAGGCGCUGAAGGGCCAGAACGUCAGCUCUCUGGUGAAGAUAAUGAGGACGGGCGAGGCGUGAUGCCGUGCGUCGCGCAAUCGCCGCGCCCUGUGCCGGCACGCAGCCUGGGUCAGCUACCACUGUGGAGGAGUGUAGUGUGCCGACUGUAUCAGCCUGCCGAGAGCUGCAUGAGCAUCCACACAUUGUACCAAGUACAUACCUAAAAUACUAUGUACGCAGUACGCACUAGUGAUGGCCCGAUACCUUUUUUCUGUAUCGGCUAUCGGUUACACAGUUUUGAAUUUGCUCGGGAGAUAACAAGAGAAGUGUUGGUGCACCACGUAUCAAGUUACCGGCCUGUAAGCAGUGGGGCACAACUGGUGUUGCUGGUCCCCUGUCCCACUUAGUUACUGGAAAUGGGAGGGGGGAAGAGAGGCCCCAAACUCACUCCUCUAUUAGGACCCUCCCAAUUUCUAGGGACAUCAUUAUAUCGUAAAGAUGCAUCAUGGAUCAGUCAAAAUGACACUGUUUUGGUGAAGUAUCAUUAAACAAGUUAGAGUUGUAUUUGUUGAAAAUUGUGCUGCCUUAAUGAAUAAACAGAGUUUGUAAAAAUUAAAAAAAAAAAUAAUAAGACACCAAAAUCUUUUGUUUUAAAAAUGAAAUUGGCCUCAAAAUAAAAACCAUAAAAUCUUGUCUCUACCAAUGGCAUAAUUAGAAGGUUUCAUUACAUUAUGGUGCUUAUGAAUUUUUUUUCUUAAUAAUAAGUACUGAGCAUAGUGAUCAAAAUAUACAAAUAUAGUGUUCUGAUGAACUGUUACCUAGUUGUACCAUUCAUGUCCAGUUUUACGGUAAACAAUAAUGUAUUGUGAGGAAUGACUACGAUCACUACUGGUAAACUCUUGUCUGCAGUUGCUAUUUCCCAGAUGUUUGUGAGGUCCAAUAAAAUUUUCUGUUAGUGAGCUUUUAAUAGAAACAUCUCAAUGUGAAAAAUAGAGUUCUUAAUAAGUCUUUAAAGUUUAAACUUAACACAUUAGUUACAAGAAAUUUGCUGACACUAAUUUGUUCAAUGCACUUACUGAAAGAAUAUUUUUUUAAAACCAUAAAAAAUAUCAGUUAUUGUAUUGGUAAAAUAUUAAUUAUUGGAACCGGUAUCAGGAUUGGGUUUAGUUCAGUGUCGGGCCAUUACUAGUGCAUAUGUGAAAUCAGAGCAGAACACAUACCCAGUGCCUGAAUGACUAUUUCAGACAAAAAGCCAGUCUGUUAGGAGACCUUAAAUAUUUAAAUAUAUAUAUUACUGAUAAUUAUUUAUUAUAACUAUGACCAAUGAAUGUUUGUCACACUCCUGUGUAUGCCCCAGCAUCUACUGUUGGAUGUGUUCUACAAGCAGCUAACAAGCCAGAAGACAUCUGCGACUCUGACUGCUCUGUGGGUUAUUGGCGCUCACAUGAUUUAGUGUUUUCGCUGUUUUGCAAAGUUUCUUUAAGGUGUAACUUUUUCUGAAUAAUGUCAUUAAGUGGAGGACUACUACUAUUGAUUACAAAAAAAAUAAAUAAAUAACAGGAAUUCUAACAGUUGUACAUCAGUUUAGGACCUAGUGCUUUACGGCAAUACCACAUUGACAUUAGAAGCACCAGCUAACAUCACACUAAUCAUUUUCCUUUGUUAGGCACAUGUAAGAAAUAAGCACAUACGUGGUUCUGAGGGUAUGGCAUUAAGUGUGUUCUGAUAUGUACCUGCAAUGCACCCAUUGUUUUUUUUAACAUGCCACAUCUGACCGCAGCUCACAAUGUGAUUGUUGUUACACCAUUAUUUUAGUGACAUUCAAAUCCAGUAAAAGGACAUCAGUCAUGUGAUUGUAAGGUAUGUUAAAGAGAAUAAAGUUUGCAACACUGAUAAAUACUAGUUUUUGAUGAAAA